CUAGCCACGGUUUAUAAUUUAAGGAUUAUUAGUAACGCGGGAAAAAGUCGGUAUUAUGGUAGGCAUAGUUUAAAAUUUUUGCUGGUAUAUUAAUCCAAGAAAAAAGAAAUUGUAGAGUGUAUUUACCUCAAAAAUUGUUGAAGGUGUGUGUCCUCCUCUUCCGUCUCCCUUUCUUAGUGCGACUCUCUCUGCGGUGUGCGUCCUUGGCUCGAAUCCCUUCGUGGUUUUUCUUCUUCUUCUUCUUCUUUGUUAUUCUGAUCUCGGUGACCCACCACAUGUCCGAGUUUCUUAGGCCCUUUUUAUAUGAUGAUUUUGAGUUGAUGAUGUUUGGGGGGUGUUUAGAUUUGCGUAAUGGGAUUGAUUCUAUGGAGAUGGCUAGAAUUUGGAGGUAUAUGUAAUUGUAGUGGCUGCUAUGAUUGGCCCGCUAGGUGUUCGUUAAAAUUCCCCAGAGAAAAUUGAGUUGAAUAUCUCACUGAAUAAUCAUCUUUUGUGAAUGGAUACUAGAGAUGACGACAGUGUAUUAGAGAUGAUGUGGAGAGGACCUUGAACGAGCGGAGAAUUACAGAUUCUGUACCUACACUGGUGUUGCACAGUGUCCUGCUUUAUUCCUGGUCUGAACUCAAUUUGUGGGAGGGCUUGUCAAGCUGUGGACCUCUGAGUCCAUGAUCAAUUUUUGUAUUGGUGUGUGACGACAUACUGCUAGGCAAACUUCACCAUCGACACCACCUACAAUACCACGACUGCUCAUCUUUCAUCCGACACCAGCGAGCUGUGAUGAGUGGAAGAUUGCCACCUGCCGAUGGAGGUGACAAACAGAAGAAGUUCUUCUUCCUAAAACAGCCUAGCUACUGAAGGUGACUGAGACUGGCAAGGGGAGGCGACGCACUACCACCACCAACCAAAGCCAUGGAAACUGAUAACGUAGAUUCGGGUGAACAAUUCUCUCCUGAGGUUCUGGGUUUUAUGCAGCUUGCUAUAGAUCAGGCAAAGCUUCCAUUGGACAGCCUUGAAGUUCCAGUUGGCUGUGUGAUUAUUGAGGAUGGGAACGGUAUUGCGGCAGAAAGAAACCGGACUAACAAGACAUGGAAUGGGUAUAUUAAAAAAAUACUGUUAAAAAAGGUGGAGGUGGCUAUUCCAAUAAGAAGCCUCUUUUUCCUAGUGAGAUUCUCAGCAACUUCAAAGAUGGAAGCUCUUGAUGUUCUUCUUGUACGGUGGCAGAGGACUGGAUUUUCGGCUGCAGAAGUUGCAGAGAAGUUUUCAGCAUGCACCCUUUAUGUGACAUGUGAACCAUGCAAAAUGUGUGCAGCAGCAUUAUCGAUCAUUGGUUUAAAGGAAGUAUAUUAUGGCUGUGCAAAUGAUAAAUUUGGAGGCUGUGGCUCAAUAAUGUCGUUGCAUUCAAGUAGCUCUGAGGCACACAUUAGUAUUGGGAAUUCUGGAUCAAAGGGUUUCAAAUGCUGUGGAGCUCCAAAGCCUCACAGGUCAUGGGUUACUCAGGCUUCUCAUUAGAUCUACGUGCAUUGAUUCUUCCUGUCGAACCUUCUUGUGCCUUUGCACAACUAGAAUUUCAUCAAGGGACCUAAGAAAGGAAGCGUGAUGCAUGUCCGGAUCAGUUAUUGCCUUGAUGUUCAUGUGUUUACUGAGGAUUGCAGCUGUGAUCACAAGUACAUUUCAUGCUUUUAACUUGAUUAUCAGAUUGUAAGAUAAUUUAUGGCAUAACCCUGUGUAGGCAUCACCUUUCUGAUGCUAAUUUUUGUUAUCAAAAUAUUCUAUA